AUGCUGCCCUGGGCGCUGGGGCUUCUGAGCCUCCUGUCCCCCUGGGGCCUAGGGGCCAUGGGGGCUGCAGCCCCAAGGCAAGAGCGCUUGGCCAGGACCACACUUCAAGCCCUGUCGGAGCAGGGGACUCUCAUGCUCAAGGCUGUCCAGAGAAAGGCUUCACUGGCUGUAGAAAGGGCAGCGUUGGAAUACAGACGCAGGCUUCUGGGGUGCCAGGCUUGUGCCAACCACACCUCCCCUUGCCCUGGGCUUCGGAGCCAACAGCCUCCCGUCCGCCACUUUCCUGGACCACGGAAGCCAGUGACGUGUGGCCUCCAGAGCCGCGGGAGUGCCGAUGGGACGGGAGCCCGCGGCCGAAUCGUGGGGGGCCGGGCAGCCUCCCCGGGCUCCUGGCCUUGGCUGGUGCUGCUGAGGAUGAACGGGCAGCCCAUGUGCGGAGGCGUCCUGGUGGGGGACGCCUGGGUCCUCACUGCCGCUCACUGCUUUGUCAGCCUUCAGAACGAGCUCCUGUGGACAGUGACCCUGAGCAGCACCCCUAGGGAUGGGCAGGAGGAGGGGAUCCCUGUUAACCGUAUUCUGCCCCACCCCAAGUUUGACCCCCAGACCUUCCAGAAUGACUUGGCCCUGGUGGAGCUGUGGUCAGCGGUGCCCCUGUCUGAGCAGGCAUGGCCCAUAUGUCUGCCCGAGGAGCCCAGGGAGCCCCCCGCGGGCACCGUCUGCUCCAUUGCUGGCUGGGGAGCCGUCUAUGAAGAUGGGCCGGCAGCUAAGACCGUGAGGGAGGCCAGGGUACCCCUGCUCAGCCUGGACACUUGCCGGACGGCUCUGGGGCCAGCGCUUCUCCCCAGCACCAUGCUCUGUGCUGGCUAUCUGUCGGGAGGGGUGGACUCCUGCCAGGGUGACUCAGGGGGGCCCCUGACAUGCGCCCUGGCUGGGCCCCCCCUCAGGGAGGUCCUCUAUGGUAUCACCUCCUGGGGGGAUGGCUGUGGAGAGCCGGGCAAGCCCGGGGUGUACACCCGCGUAGCAGCUUUUGGGGACUGGAUCCGCCAGCAGAUGAGUGCCCCUCCUUCCAGCCGGGAGCCCAGCUGCCGGGAGUUUCUGGCUCUGGACUCCCAGGAGGACCCUUCUGCCGAGCUGGCCCACCUCUGCUCCUUCUAUGAGCGCUCCUGCCCUGUGCCCGGGGGCACCAGCGCUUGUACCCGCCUGUCCCGGAAGAAGUGCCAGCUGCACAAGAGGCGAUGUGAGCUGCGCUCGCUGGUCCAGACCCUGCUGACCCUGCUCAGAAAUGCUCAGGACUUCUUCUCCCGCCACUUAGGGCUGCUCCGUCUCGCUCGAGCACUGCCUGGACUCGGCCUGGGGCUUCUCCGCCAUUCCUGGCUCCCUCCUCAAGCUCCUGGAGAUGUCCCUGUAUCACAGGGGAGGCAGGAGCAAGAAGUGGAAGAGGAAGGCUGCCCUGGGCUGGCUCUUCUGGGCCAAAAGCUGGCUGCCCUUCGAGGAUCCUAUGCCUGGAUCCUGCAGGUGCCCCCUGACCAGCUGGCUAUGGAUUUUCAGGAGAUCCUGGCUGACCUGGGCUCCAGGACCCAGAAGGGACUCUUCCAGGCCCAAGUCAGGGCAGUCGUGGGGGGCCGGAGAGUCAUCUUUGGCACCAUGAUCGGCCUGGAGCCUGCCACCCUCACUUACAGCCUCCCUGGCCUUCUGGCCCAGGCCUUGAGGGCCUUCAGAGCCGGGCCCCCAACAUAG